AUGAGCAGCAACGACAACACUACUCUUACCAAAAACCCUGUCGACCGAUUCACGAAGCGUGAUCUAGAAAUUCUGGUUUAUGCGUUCAUGUCUCCAAAGGGUGGCUCUCUCCAGGUUGACUUUGAGAAACUUGCUACCUUUUCUGGUACCACGUCGACCUCCGUCGCUAUCGAAUGGGCCGACCUCUUGUGUAAAAUACUCUGCGAGGUUCUUAAACCCGUUAGAAAAAGUCCCAAACAAACUUCCCGUAUCAGCAAGGUAGCUGCCGCCACGGAAUCUAAGAAAAUAGAAGGUGAUUCAAGUUUCAACAAUGAAGCAGAUGCCCAGGCAGAAUGUCCUGAUAACCUCGAUCUCGAUCUUCCCCUCGCGAAGAGUGAGCUGGUCGGAAAUGACAAGCAGAACUUAGAAGAAGAUGCUUGA